AGGCGGUAAAUAUGCCGGACACCAUCAGCGUGACAGAGUUCAUCGCUGAGACCCAUGACGACUACAAAGCGCCCACCACCUCCAGCUUCUCCACCCGGAUGGUUCACUGCCGCGGCGCAGUGGCGGCGCUGGAGGAGACUCUGGACAUUGACAGAGGAGUGCUUUAUAAGAUCAAGAAGUCCGUCAAGUCCAUCAACACAUCUGGUCUGGCUCACGUGGAGCAUGAGGAGCAGUACGUCCAGGCCAUGGAGAAGUUUGGAGACAACUUUGUCUCCAGAGAGGAUGUCGGAGUCGGCUCGGCCUUCCUCAAAUUCACCGUCUUCACGAAAGAGCUGACGGCCCUCUUUAAAAACCUGUUGCAGAACAUGAACAACAUCAUCACCUUCCCGCUGGACAGUCUGCUGAAAGGAGACCUGAAGGGAGUCAAGGGGGACCUGAAGAAGCCUUUUGAUAAAGCCUGGAAGGAUUACGAGACUAAACUGGCUAAGAUUGAGAAAGAGAAGAAGGAGCAUGCGAAGCAGCAUGGGAUGAUCCGCACCGAAAUCAGCGGCGGGGAGAUCGCUGAAGAGAUGGAGAAGGAGAGGAGGCUCUUCCAGCUACAGAUGUGUGAGUAUCUCCUGAAAGUGAAUGAGAUCAAGGUGAAGAAGGGAGUUGACUUUCUUCAGAACCUCAUCAAGUAUUUCCACGCCCAGUGCAAUUUCUUCCAAGACGGACUAAAGGCUGUGGAGAACCUCAAACCCUCCAUAGAGAAGCUGGCCACAGACCUCACCGCCAUCAAACAGGACCAGGACGGGGAGAGGAAACAUCUGAUUCAGCUCCGCGAUCUCCUCAAGUCCUCCCUGCAGUCAGAACAGAAGGAGGACCCCCAGGCCAAACAGAGUGCAGGCUACAGUCUGCACCAGCUCCAGGGAAACAAGGCCCACGGGACAGAACGAACCGGGAUGCUUUACAAGAAGAGUGAGGGGUUGAGGAAGGUUUGGCAGAAGAGGAAGUGCUCCGUGAAAAACGGCUUCCUAACCAUCUCUCACGGAACGGCAAACAGACCUCCGGCGAAGCUCAACCUGCUGACCUGCCAAGUGAAACGAAACCCAGACGAGAAGAAGAGCUUUGAUCUGUUCUCUCAUGACAGAACCUACCACUUCCAGGCUGAGGACGAAUCCGAGUGUCAGAUCUGGAUCUCUGUGCUCCAGAACAGUAAGGAGGAGGCCCUGAACAAGGCGUUUAAAGGAGACCAGGACGAAGGGGAGAACAACAUCGUACAGGAGCUGACCAAAGCCAUCGUGCAGGAGGUGAAGCGGAUGAGCGGGAAUGACGUGUGCUGUGACUGCGGCGCUCCCAAUCCCACCUGGCUAUCCACAAACCUCGGGGUUCUGAUCUGCAUCGAGUGCUCCGGGAUCCACAGAGAGAUGGGAGUCCACUACUCCAGGAUUCAGUCUCUGGACCUGGAUGUGCUGGGAACCUCUGAACUCCUGCUGGCUAAGAAUGUUGGCAACGCUGGCUUCAACGAUAUCAUGGAAGCAGAACUGUCAGUGCAGAGCGUCACCAAACCCAACCCCUCCAGCGACAUGCUGAUGAGGAAGGAUUACAUCAUAGCGAAGUACACGGAGAAGCGUUUCGUCCAGAGGAGAUGUUCAGACGCGGCGUCCAGACUGCAACGUCUGUCUGAGUCUGUGAGGAGCCGUGACAUCCUGUCACUCAUCCAGGUCUACGCAGAGGGCGCCGACCUCAGAGAGACCAUCCCACAGGCCAAUGAACACGAAUCUGGUGAGACGGCGCUCCACCUGGCGGUCCGGAUGGUGGAUAGAAACUCGCUCCACAUUGUUGACUUCCUGGCUCAAAACAGUGGAAACCUGGAUAAGCAGACAUCCAGAGGAAGCACAGCCCUCCAUUACUGCUGCCUGACGAACAACAGUGAAUGUCUCAAGCUGCUGCUGAGAGGGAAGGCCUCCGUUGCCAUCACUAAUGAAGCUGGAGAAACGCCGCUGGACAUCGCGAAGCGUCUUCGCCACACGCAGUGUGAGGAACUGCUGACUCAGGCCCAGACGGGGAAAUUCAAUGUCCAUGUCCACGUGGAAUACGAGUGGCGAUUGCGUAAUGAGGACCUGGAUGAGAGCGAGGACGAGAUGGAGGAUAAGCCCAUCCCCCAGCGGCGGGAGGACCGUCCAGUCAGCUGCUUCGUGCAGGCAAGCGUCCCCGUUAAGUCCAGCCUGGCGGCACUGGCCCGCGAUGCUGCCUUGCUGGCGCGGGACAAGCAGCGCUCCAACGUCCCCAGCAUGAUCAGCAACGAAACGUAUGGCACCGUGCUGGACCUCAGCCCUCUGCCGUCCAACAUGCCCACUCCCCCUGUCCCCCCCAGAUUCCCCAUGAAAGGACCAGCACACAACAAGCCAGUUCCCAUGGAGACGGUGAGGAGACAGAGGUCAUCAUCUGAUCCCCCAAACCCCCAAACACCAGAGAGGAACUCUUCCAUGUAUGUGCUCCCUUCAGCCAUUCCUCCUCCUCCUCCUCCUCUUCCUCCACCGCCCGCUGGUAGGAGGAGCAGUGCGACUGAGCCACCCAAUGUUUCAGCCAAACACACACCCCUCCCCCUCCUUCCUGCUCCGCCGUCAUCUGGACCCACAGUGCUCCCUGCUGCACCGCCUCCUACCUCCGCUCCAGCGCACAAACCGUCCCCCCUGCCUCCUGGGGCACCCAGCCAGCUGCCCAGCCGACGCCCCGCACCAAAAUCCCCGACGUCACCCAGCGGGUCUGUUAAAAAAGUCCCGCACAGACCGCCUGUUAGGACCGCAUCAAUUAACAAACCAGCUAAGGACUUGGUUCAACCCAAAUCCCCCUCCAGCUUGACUUCACCACCAACUCCCAAACCUCGCACCACCGUCCCAAAACAGCGGCCUCAGCGGGUGAAAGCCAUCUACAACUGUACAGCUGAUCAUCCAGAUGAGCUGACGUUCUCUGAGGGGGAGGUGAUCGUAGUGGACGGAGAGGAGGACCAGGAGUGGUGGGUCGGCCACGUUGAAGGGGACCCGGCAAGGAGGGGGGUAUUUCCAAUCACUUUUGUUCACUUCAUCACAGACUGAUGCAUCCAAACAAAGCCAGGAUCAAACUUUAACCCCAAGCUGCCUUCAGUACUCCCUGGACUUCUCUGGAGAAAACUGUCCCCAGGUCUUGUGUGGCACACCGCUGUGUCUCUCCUUGAAUAAAGGCAGAAUGGAAACCUGUAUAUCCCAACUGCCAAACAUACAGGUUUAAACUUUUAGUCCGCUGUGGCUCAUGUAUGA